AUCCAGAAUAACAUGUCAAAAUAAUUUAUUUCAGGUUUCGUUAAAAUUCGCGUUGAUUUUUAGAUAUAUCCAAAUUAAUAAUCAUGACUGGAGUUAAACAAGUUAGAAACAAAAGGCUUCUCCCAGAUUUGCGCAAGGAAGGUGAACUUACUAAAGAAAUAAAUCUCGCUACUAAAGAGAAACAUGGAGUGCCGACUGGCUACAGGCUAUACUCUCAUCAUACGCUAGCAAGUGUUAGGAAGAUGAGUUAUUUUCACCCUUUCUUUUUACCUGAUGAUAGUCUGGAUUUGGUUCUGGCGGCCACAUACAACCAUUCCACGGAGAAAUUUGCUGAUAAGGAGGACUUGUAUCUCCAGCCUGAGACGAUAGGCUGCGAAACCUGGCGCCGGCUCAGGAAUACUUAUGACAAAUAUCCCCCCAAGAGUGUGCCUAUGGGUCACCCGAUGAAGCGCGGAGGCAUCUCAGAGCACAAGUCCCCGUUCAGCGUGAAGCUGAUGAACUCCGGCGUGCACUCGUCGCAAACCAACCCUGGCUACAGCAGGCAGCCAGCGGGUGGCGCUAUAUUCUUUUAUUAGUUUUUAUCGGAUUGCUGGCAACAGAUUGGCCAUCAUGCUAAACUUCGUUGGUCACACGUUGAAGUACCUACCUAAACGUAAUUAUGGAUGGACAGGGACAUUUUGAUCACCUUUUUUUGUCAGAUAAUAAUUAUAAAGCAAAUUGUUUUAUAACUUUUAUACUAAAAUCGCAUCAAAUACCUAGCCCCAAACUGUAAGAAGACUGAUAAUAUUAUAAGACGCAAGUCAAGUAGGUUAAUGUAGAUAUUAUGUGGAUUGCCAGCCAGCUUAAAUCAAUCAUGUUUAAAUGUAUUUAGAUGUUUAAUUUUGUUGCCAGCAAUUUUUGCUAAAGGAAUCUGUCUUUAAGAGUAAUCGCACUGUUUUAUUUAACUUUUUUUAAAAUAAAUUGCCUAAUAAUGUAGUUUUUAUAAAACAUUACUUGACACCAUGUAGACUUUUAAAAGUUUUUCAACUUAGUGCCUUUUAUACCAUUUUGUACGAGGACUAUAAGUAGGUCGGUCGUUAUUUAGUUGUUUAGUUUGUUCGUUCGAAGUUCGGGGUUAUGUUAGUUUCGUUGUAAUUAAAGUGUUAAUUGUUGUCGUCACUCAUGUACCUUCGUUGUCGUCUUAAAAUAUACAAUUUUGUUUCUAUCA